UCUGUCCAAUUAAAAGGUCGAAGGUUAUACCAAUUGUAUAUUGGUUCAGUGUGAUUGAGGCUGAACUUGGUAGGGAUGACUCGUGUUCAAUCCCCCGCAACAAUAAUUGGGAGAGGACUGGAACUUAUCCACCCAGAACUCGCCCCGAAUCCGGAUUAAUCAGAAGGGUGAAUCGGGCGCAAUUUAGAUGGUGGACCAUGGUGCACGUACCUCUACGUGCACCACUAUCAAUACUACGUCGUUUUACUAUUUUUUGCAUUUGUUUAAAAAUAAAAAACUGGAAAGAAAAUAGAUUUUCAGAUUUUAUAAUUAUAAAAAAUAGAAAUAAUAAAAAAAAACCCAAAAAGAACCAUAUUUUGCGGCAGAGACUACUCCCAACAAACUUUGAGCCAGAGACUAAUCCCAACAAACUUUGACCAUAUAUCCCAAUUGAUUUUGCCUAACUAAUGAAACCUUAACAAAAAAAAAAAAAAGAAAAAAGGAAAAACAAAUCAACCGAUAUUGCCAUGGCUAAUUCAAGCUCUAUGGAAUCGAAUGACGAUCAAGAAAAUAACAAUUACAGUGAUGUUGAAGAUCAAACUGAUAAUUUCGUUGACAAAAGUAAAGGAUUUCACGAGGCAGAAGAUUCUGAGCUAUUGUAUUCAAAGGUAAAGAGUGAACAGGAGGCCUACACGUUGUAUAAUGAUUAUGCGUUUAGGCAGGGGUUUGGAACUCGGAAGGGUAAGAUAUCUAGAAGAGCUGAUAAAAUAGUUUCGCAACGAUUCUUCCUUUGUUCAUAUGCUGGUUUCAAGAAAGAUAGUGGUGUUCAGCCUACGGCUUUUAAGAAAUUGAUUUUUCAUAGCGGGUGCAAGGCUAGUAUUCAAUUUGAUGUCGAUAAAAAACGGGUCUCUUUAUUGUGUUACCAAGCACAAUAUGAUUCAUAAUCAUGGAAGAGUUCCAGUUAGCAAAAGACAUUUGAUAAGGUCUCAUAGGAAAGUAACGGAAGAACAAUUGGCUAUGCUUAGCUCCUUGAAAAAGUAUGGUGUCCCGAUUGCUGAUGUUGUACGGGUGUUCAAAAAUAAAGCCGGUGGGGAAGCCAACCUUGAGUUCCUUAAGAGGGAUGCAUAUGAUGCAUUAGCUGCUAAAAAAAGGGACGGUUGUGAUACAAAGCAGUUGAUAAAGUAUUUCAAGGACAGGCAAGCUAACGAGGUGGACUUCUAUUAUGAUUUUGAGUUUGAUGAUGAAGGCUAUCUUGAUUGUUUUUUCUUUCGAGACGGUAAAAUGAAGAUUGAUUAUGAUGUGUUUGGAGACCUUUUGGUGCACGACACGACAUAUCGUACCAAUAAAUAUGACAUGAUAUGUGGUCCUUUUGUUGGGAUGAACCAUCACAACAAGAAUGUUAUAUUUGCUAUUGGUUUUAUCGUGAAUGAGAAAUGAGAGUCUUUUGAAUGGUUGUUCAACACAUUUUUGAAGUCUAUGGGAGGGACACAUCCAACUACCAUUAUGACAGAUCAAUCUAAAUCUAUGGCAAAAGCGAUAAGAAAAGUUUUUCCGAAUUCAAGACACCUGCUAUGUACUUGGCAUAUAGGGGAAAAUGCGAAGACGGGUAUCAAAGGGUUGAGAGCAAUGGAAGGUUUUAAUACAUUUUUCGACUACGUGUUGAAAUUCACCGACACUAUUGGAGAAUUUGAGCAUUAUUGGUCAAGCAUGGUGAAAAAGUACGAUUGUGCUGGCAAUAAAUGGCUUCAAAACUUGUACACCAUUAGAGAAUUUGGUGCCUUGCUUAUUCAAAAGACUACUUUUCUGGAGGAGUUUUGUCUUCACAAAGGAGUGAAACAACUAACAAAUCUGUCUCAAGAAGGCUCCAUAAGGCUCAUGGUCUAUGUGAUUUUUACAAGUGUUUCCUUGAAGUGGUUGAUGAGUGGCGAAGUAACGAGAAUGCUGAUGAUCACCAAAGUCAAGUUGGGAACCGAUAUUUAGUUGUUGAAGGGGUAGGCAUACUUGAAGAUGCUAUGGAAAUUUAUAAUAUUGAUAUAUAUCUACAGCUAGAGUCGAACUUCCUUAAAAGCAUGCCCUGCAUUGUUAAUAUCGCAAGUUUUAUGCCGCCAAUAUAUGAAUAUCAUGUUAAACAUCCAAAAAAAGAUUUGAUUAUGCACACCUUGAAGUUUGAUCAGUCAAGGACAUCAGUUGAUUGCACCUGCAAAUACUUUAGUGAGGUUGGUAUCCUUUGUUCACAUUCACUUCGUAUUCUACAUCUUAAUAAUGUUAUCUCAAUCCCUAAGAAGUAUAUUUUAAAGAGAUGGACAAAGAGUGCUAUGUGCCACAAGGUGGGUGAUAAUGUUACACAAGUGCUUUGGAGGUUGCAGACUACGAGGAACUUCAUUAGUAUAAUAAACUCAAGCCAACAUGACUUAGCUGCAAGGAAAGUCACGGAAACAACUUUCUUGGAGUGUAAGCAGAGGGUUGAAAGUUUGAUUGGUGAACCAGAAAACAACAUUACAAAUCAAGAAGGUGAGGGUUCUUGCAUGGUGGAAAGGGGAUGCAUUCUUGAACCAACUACCCAAGUGGAAGAUAGUGUAGUUGAGGUUGAGGGAGUAGAAGGACAACCCAUAAAGAACCCAAAGAAAAAGAGGAAGCAAGGGGGGAGAAAUGUAAGACUAAAAGGGACUCAAGAAAAGGUUUGUAACAAGCUGAAAGCUAGAAAACCUCAAGCAUGGAAGAUGAAAACAACAAGAGGUGUUUCCAAGAUGAAAGACAAAGCUCAGACUACAUUACAUGAUUACUUAGACGUUCCAGAAGGUUCAACCAUAACACACCCGACAAAUCCAGUUUCUGAUUUGGAGUUUUUUGCGCCUGAUGACUACUUUGGUGUUAACCUUACACCGUUCGAGAAUUAGCAGUAACUUAAACAAACUAGACAUCAAUUUGUUGUUUUAAUUUUUUUUUUUAACUAAGGUAAACCAUGUAUUGCCUUGAAUAAUUCAUUUCGUAUGGUUUUAUCCAUUAACGAGGAUUCGAUUUUUUAA